AUGGACGAGUUCGACGUCCAUGGACGUCAAAGGUUCUCUUUUGACGAAUCUGAUUCAAUCAACGACCAAGACUCUCACUACACACAACUGCAGCAAGAGCUGGAGAGUGAUGCUCUGAACCUAGAGGUCGAGACCUGGAGUCUGGCUGUGGACCAGAGCUACAUCAAGGACCUCAGCAAAGAGGCAGUGAAGAGACAGGAGGUCAUCUAUGAGCUGAUGCAGACAGAGAUGCACCAUGUCCACACACUGAAGAUCCUCUUGUACGUUUACAUGUACGAGCUCAAACAGUCAGGGCUGGUGGACGACCAGCGGCUCGAGCGGCUGUUUCCAGCCGUGGAUGCACUGCUCUCUCAUCACCAACACUUCCUUGAUGGACUGAAGAGGAGACAAAGACAGAGCCAAGAGAUGGAGGGAGACAACAACAACUACCAGAUCACUCAGCUCGGAGAUAUCAUAAUCACACAGUUUUCUGGUUCUGUGGGAGAGGGGAUGAAGCAGUGCUACAGCAUCUUUUGCGGUCACCAGAACGAUGCUACCAAGUUUUACAAAGAGCAACUUCAGAACAGCAAAAAGUUUCAUAACCACAUAAAGAAAAUCGGACAGCUGCCCGUAGUGCGGAGAAAGGGAAUUCCCGAGUGUUUUCUGUUGGUGACACAGAGAAUUACAAAAUAUCCUGUACUGAUCGAGAGGCUCAUCAAAAACACUGAAGCUGACUCAGACGAGCACAAGUCUCUGGUGCACGGACUGUCUCUGAUCAAAGACACCAUCGAGCAGGUGAACUCUCAGGUGAGGGAUUAUGAGCAGGUGCUGAGGCUGCGGGAGAUCUGCUCCAGACUGGAGCCCAAGUCCCAGGGCCGAGUGUCAGAGGAGCGAGUCUUCAGACGGGAAGACCUCAUGCUGAACAACAGGAGCCUGCUCCACGAGGGUGCCGUGGUGUGGAGAACCCCUGGAAGACAGAAAGAGAUCCAUGCCGUGUUGCUGUCAGAUGUUCUCAUCCUUUUACAGGAGAAGGAUCAGAAAUAUGUGUUUGCAACUAUGGAUAAGACUCCUCCGGUGAUCUCUCUUCGGGGCCUGAUUGUGCGAGAGGUGGCUCUGACGGACAAAGGCAUGUACCUCAUCUGCUCCUGCACCUCCAACAUGUACGAAAUCCACACCAGCUCCAAUAAGGAGCGCGACGUCUGGAUCCACCACAUCCGGGAGGCCGUUAACAGCUUCAUCGAUGAAGAGGAGUUAUACGGUGAAGAAACAGUGCAAUUACAAAAAUUUCAAAGAAAUCUGAAGGAGUGCGAUGAGAAGCUGCGUCAGAUCGUGGAGAUGAAGCAGCAGAUCUGUGUGUCUCAGUUUGAGGCUGUGACGGGGCACGAGUGUCCACACACGGGGCUGUUACUGAGAGCUGAUGCCACAGACCUCCAGCAGGGGGAGACACUGCUCCAAGAAGCCAUCAGUGAAGUGGAGAGUCUGCAGAACCUGCUCAUGAUGAAGAUCAAUCAGAAGCAAAGUGAAAAAUUGGACUCUUUUGGCGACAUCAACGACGACUGCACUCCCAAUUCAAAUGGAGAUGUUGUCUAUGACCCUGAGCCCCCGACAGACCUUCCAUUUGAGGAAACCGUCUACUCCGAAGGUCUUGAACUGUCGGCUGAUGGGGAUGAUACAGGAGUGCCACAGAGCUCGAUCACUAAAGAACCUUUGCCAGAAGAAGACACACACUUGGUCUAUGAGAGGACUGUGCUUCUGGCUCAAAGACUGAACAGUUUACAGGUAGUGUUUUUGCGGCACAGCAGCGAGGUGGAGUUGCUGCGCGCCUCUCAGUCCAAGAGCAAACGUUCAGCUCGAGGAAGCGCUCUGUUGGAGCAGGAGAACCAGCGCAACCUGGAGCGGCAGAAACAGGAGCUGUCCAACCUGCACAAGAUGCAGGAGCAGCAGCGGGAGGAGCAACAGCGCUGGGAGAGGGAGCGUGAGAGGCAGAUGGUUCAGCUGGAGGUGCUGCAGGAGGAGGUGCAGAAGAAGGAGGAUGAGUGUAGACGCAGGGAGGAGCGGCUGAAGGAGGAGCGCACGGAGCUGGAGACGCACAGGGACCAUUACCAACAAGACCUGGAGCGACUGCGCGAGAGCCUCAAGAGUCUGGAGAGGGAUCGCGACCGGCACGAGCAGGAGAAGAAGAAGGUGGAGAAGCUGAAGAGACACAUGAGUUUGGCCAACCCCUCCCUCAACGUGGACGACCCCAAAAGUCUGCUUAGUUACUCGUCCUUCAGGAGCACGGCCAGCUCUGUGGGAAACAUCACUGCGGCGCCGUAUGUUAAACUAUCAAAGGCGGAGCCCAAAGAGUUUCCUCCAAAAGUUCCCCCCCGAGGAGAGAGCAUCAGCCCCAAACCCUCCAAGCCCUAUGUGCCCAUCCAACUGCGCAGCACCACCAACAAUGCCAGCCCUGUCCUCCGGCCAGGGGGCACUAUCGAGCAGGUCAUUCCCACCAAACUGGAGGUCAGCAGCAAGAAGCCCAAGACCAAACCCUCGCACAAGAGAACCAACAGUGCAGCAAACAUAGACGUGCGGGAGUUGGUGCCAAUCCGAGCGUCCGGGAAAGAGGGAGGAAGUCUGAGGGCGCACAGGACGUCCAGCCCCCAACGGAUCUACAAGACCGACCUGUUCACUCCGCCCGGACCCUCCCAGAACAUAAAGCCGUCUCCGUCCUUCGCGUCUCACACCCGCGAGAGAGAAGCUCCGCCCCCUGCUCCUCCCCCCUUCCCCAAAGACCUGGACCCUCUGCUCCCCAAGGAGAUCUUCCUCUGA